AUGACGUCCAGCUCUAAGAACCUCUAUCAUGUCCAAGGCGUUGAUACAAGAAGACUUCUCGAUACUUAUUUUUCCAAUAAGCCUGAUAUGGCCUUCGUGAAGGAUUCACUACAAAAUCCCAUGGAGAAACUUCACCAAACAUUAAUCAGAGGUCAUAUAAAAGGAAACAUUCUCGCUGAUCUCAGCAUGGGUCCCGUCAUCCACCAUCUUUAUUCGUUCUGCGGAUUAUUCAAUGACAUCAUUGUCAUGCGGUUGACAGAGAGAUGCAUUAUGGAACUGAAUAAAUGGCGGCACAACCGAACCGGAGCGUAUGAUUGGUCCCAUGCAACAAACCAUAUCACACAGCUCGAAGGAAAAUGUGAUGAGGAGAAAGAACUGACGCUGAAGACGACAAUAAAACAGGUAGUGAGAUGUAACCUUGAGAAAGAAAAUCUCAUCCAUCCAUUGGAUCUACCACAAGCCGACUGCCUGAUCAGCGCAUGGCUGCUCGAAUGUGUCAGCAAAGACAAGGAAGAGUACAUCAAGAACCUGAAGAAGGUUGUAAAGUUCCUAAAGCCUGGAGGUCACCUGAUACUACUUGGCGCUUUGAACGGAACAUAUUAUACUGUGGGUGAGGAGACGUUCCAUCUCUUGACAUAUGAUGAGAUCUUUGCCAAAGAGACCCUGACUGGAGAAGGAUUCACUAUAGACGACUGUGAAGUCCUCCCGAGGACAGCAGAGAGCGAUAUGACUGACUACACCUCAACCAUGAUCCUUAUCGCUCAUAAAGAUUAGCAGAUCUGAGCAGAGAGACAUCCAGAGUCUCGUAUCAGCCUGUAGACAGUCAUCAUUGUUAGAUAAGAGAUUGUCACAUUCCUAUGGCUCAAUAAACAUAUCAGUG